AGCGACAGUCAUUAGUUUGGAUCUCACAAUUUCUCAUUUCUCUAAUUUGUAAUAUCCCUAACGAAGCAGCUCUUUUUGUACCUAUUUUCCUUUGUAAUUCAAACAACACAACUUAAACCAAAAUUCAAAAAAUCUUGUCAUAUUUCCUUUUUCGAGUAUUUCUUUUUUUACAUACUUAUGGAAGAGAUAUUUUCUAUUUCGGUAUUUGAUUGAAGUGAUUUAUAUAAAAAAAAAUGCUUCAAUAAUAUUUAGACAUUUUAAUAUGUAAACUCCAAGCUGUCGAAAUGUCUUUUAAAUUUAACUUUUCUAGUGGUGAUAAAAAUUCGCCGGAACCAGAUGAGUCUUCGAAACAAAUGGAAUACGCCAAAUGCGAAUGUACAGAAGUAAUACCAAAUAUCAAACUGGAUUUAAACAAUUUAGCUGGCAAAGUAAAGAUGUUCGUGUGCGGGGAUUUGGAAAUAGGCCAUGUGGCGGCUAAGGAAGCUAUGCUGCAAAUAGGGACGGUGGAUAAUGACUUACAAAAUGCAAUUGAAUUAGCUGAAAAGAAACAUAGUGACCUUGAGCCUGGCAAAUAUGAAGGAGGACUAAAGAUUUGGGAAUGUACUAGUGAUCUACUUAGUUAUCUAAUUCCAAAUCCUGAUGACAUUAAUUAUGAAACAGCAAAGGUUAUGGAUUUGGGGUGUGGAGCUGGUAUACUUGGCAUCUAUGCUUUUAUGUCUGGUGCACGUGUUACAUUUCAGGACUAUAACAAGGAAGUGCUGAAAUUUUUGACCAUACCAAAUGUGUUACUGAACAUUGAUGAUUGUGAAAACUGUCAAGAUAUCAAAAACUGUAAAUUCUAUUCAGGAGACUGGGAAUCCUUUAACAUGAAAUUAGGCGAUGGAGAACUCUAUGAUGUAAUACUUACUUCUGAAACUAUUUACAAUCCUGCUAACUACAGUAAACUUGUACAACUGUUUAUACAAAGAUUGACUAAAGAUGGUAUUGCCUAUGUGGCAGCCAAGACAUAUUAUUUUGGUGUUGGUGGUGGUAUGAGACAAUUUGAAACUGAAGUUACAAAUAGUGGAAUGUUAAAAUGCGUAGUUUGUUGGAAAUCGCAAAAUACAGAAGGUAUACAAAGAGAAAUUCUGAAAGUAACAAGAAAUGAUAUAUUUGUUAUUGAAUAAUAAAUUAUU